UCGUCAAGCUUCAAAUUGUCAUCUAAAUAAAAACUUAAUACUCGAAAUAUGGUAAACUUGUAAUCAGCUGACACUUGGACAAUGAAAGUACAAGAUCAUAUUAUCGCCCACCACUAACGCGCUCUGUUUACCAUUGUGCGUUUGCAUGUGUGUACGUCCGUGUGCGUGCGUGCGCGUGUGUGAGUGAGUGAACGUGAAAUGAGCGGAAAAUGAAAACGGCGGCACAACAGACGACAAGAGAGCGAAAAUCAAGAACAAGCACAAAACUCCAAUGAAAAAAUCCUCUAUUUAAAACAAUUCGUUAAUCGCAUAAAUCAUUUUUUAACAGUGACUGCAACAACGUGAGUAAAUGAGAUCCACCAUCUGCAGAAAAGAGACAGAGCAAACUGACAACGGGAACGGGACAACAGCAGAAGCCUCGUUGCAAAAAUAGAUUAUCUUGUUGCCUUCGAAAAUUGAAAGAUCUGCAAGCUAGCCAGAUAUUCCUAUUGGCAUCUCAAUCGGCAUGGCAAAUAAAAGGUUAAGCUUAAAGCUGACUGAAGACUGUGAGCUGGAAAAUCAAAUCGAGACGUUGUUGGACGAUCAUGAAAAUCUGGAAAAUAUCGAUGCACGUGUUGCAAAGCGAUUCAAAUCAAAGGGUGUGGAAGACGAAUCUCCAUUGCAUCGUAUGCUGCAGCGUCAAAUAUUCAACGGAUCGUGCAGUAAUCUGUCGCCUAUAACCGAAUUGUCGCACAAUAUGCGUGGCACUGUUUUGGAUGGCGGAGGUACCCCAAAGUCAAGCACCCUGCGAACCUACAACAGCAUCUCGUCCAGCUAUGACUCCGGCAAUUCGCUGGAUGACGAAUACAUGGCAAUGUUCGAAAUGGAGGCAUUGGACCAAAUGCCGUUAGCCAAGCUACCUGGUGAUCUAGAUGCCCUAAUUCGAGGCCAGCUGAAAACAAACGAAACUGUGCCGACUACUGUGGAACCUCGAUCGGUGCGUCGUUGCUUAAGCAUGACAGCGGAACAGUCGGCUCUGGACAUCACGCCGAUUAAAAAACUGCAUCGCACACAGAAGACAGAGCAGCAGCUUCCUGUUAAUAACAGCUUGAGCCUGAUACGCAAGUCUGUGUCCAUGAAUAAUGUGGAUAUACUCAACGCAUUGAGCGACGAGCCGCAGCUUAUUGGAGAUCUGACCAAGCCGUGUGCCUUGCCCGUAAUGCAAACCGGGGUCCGACAUCGUGAUCUCAAGACAAUUUCCUGUAAUACACUCGCUCGUCUGAUGCGCGGCGACUUUGUCGAUCUGUCUGACCGCUACAAGAUCAUCGAUUGCCGCUACCCAUAUGAGUUUGAAGGAGGUCACAUACGUGGUGCACAUAACCUGUACACUCGUGCCCAGCUGAAGGCUGCCUUUCCAGUGAGCACAGAUGCAGAUACAGAUGCAGAUCACCGCCAUAUUUAUGUGUUUCACUGCGAGUUCUCGUCGGAACGUGGCCCAAAGCUGCUGCGCUUCUUGCGCAACAAUGAUCGCAGUGUACACACACACGACUAUCCUACGCUUUCGUAUCCAGAGCUCUAUCUGCUGCAUAAUGGCUACAAGGAGUUCUUCGCCAGCUACGCCGAUCUCUGUGAGCCCUCCGACUAUGUGCCAAUGUUGGCGCCGGCCCACAACGAAGAGUAUCGUUUAUGUCGAGCUAAAACCAAGUCAUGGCAGUAUGGUGAAGGUGAUGGUGGCGACAGUGGCAUCGGUGCUGGUGAUACCAGUGCUCCUUCAACAAAUUCUCGCACUUUAUCUAAGUCACGCUCCCGCUUACUCUAUGCGGAAUAGUUGAUAGUUCUUGUCAUUCUAUAUUAAGUUAAUUAGUUGUCUAAUUAAGGUUACGUUGUGUUGUCCUUCGGUUAGGUAAAAUUUCAUUUAUUUGUUUUAAAUUUGUUUUUCCGAUUACUACUUUUAUUUCUCUAGUCAGCGCUAAAAAUAUUUUAAUCUGUUCAGUUUUUGCAUUUAGUUAAAUGUUAAAGUGUUUCCUAUUUCUAGCUGUAAUUACAAUUUUAGAUACAUUACAGAACUAUUCGCUAAGAGGGAUCCUAUUUAUUGUAUAACAUAUUAAGCAUUUUCUAACAACGAAAACCGUCAAAGCAUUCUAAAAUUCGAUUUUUUUUUAAGAUUGGUAUAACUAUGCUGAUCACGUGCUCAAAAAUUCUUCGUUUCGGCAAUUCAGAUAGUUAUUUUAAGUAUUAUACAUUUUAAUUAACAUUAUAUACAAAUAUUUCUAUGAACUUAAUAUACGAUAUUGGCUUAAAUUCGUUCAUUA